UCAAUAUUUCCCCGAUUCAGACUGAAGGUUUCCACUGCUGCUGUAAAGGAGGACUGUGACAAAGCUGCCUUCUCUUAUAUAUACCUGUCAUUUAAGAACAUCAUUAGUGCCAACUGUUCCUCUCCACAGUUAAAAGACUUGUGCUUUGGUAACCCGGAUCUUUUAUUCCACAUAAAAGAGGAAAGACCUCAUGGCAGAUUUUACCAGUUCCAUCCACGCUUUACUUUACAGAAAUGUCGUAAUGUUAGUGUCUCCUACACAUUAUUACUAGACAAAAACUCACCUUUUUAUUACAACCCAAAUUCAUCGGAAGUGUAUCUGACGCGAUCCCUUGAUCGAGAAAUGAGGGAGAACUAUGAUUUUGUAGCAAAAUGUACAGUGAGAGAUAGCACCAGGGAAGUGGAUGUUGAACAGUCCUUCCAGAUCAGGGUGGAUGAUAUUGAUGACAACCCUCCACAAUUGUUCAAUGACACUAAUACAGCUAAUGUGGUGGUGGAAUAUGAGAGAAAGGAGGGAACAAUGCUUGGGUCACUUCUUGUUCUGGAUCGUGACUCAACUCCUGUCUAUCCUCAAGGCAGCAGUCACAACAAGUACAAUGAGACCAUCAUCAACAAUGAAUCGUUUGUACAGGAAAUGUUCCAGGUGAAGCGUGAACUUAGCGAGUAUAAGUUCUGGUCAGAUGGCCACGGGGUCCGAGGAACACUUCAUGAAUUU